UGGGGUCAUCAAGGAGCAACCUUCUGCUGUUUUUCCCACAUCCAACUUUGAAGUUUCUCACAAACCAAUGGUGAAACAGCUGGGCAAGAGCAUUAUAUAAGUAUAAAUCCUCUUCCUUUGGUUAUCCAUUAUCUAAAAAAAAUCCUCUUCCUUGGUCCGGCGCCCAAAGUCUGCGAAUAGUCUCCAAAGCAAGUUGGCACCGCCGUGCUUCAAACAGCAUCUCGAAGCCAUCUCACUGCUGGUAGUGGUAACUGGAAUAUCUCAGCGGCAGCAGUACAACUUCGUAGCUUCCACCUACACAAGCAAACACAGAGAAGAAACUGAAAGUGGGAAAUGGCGGAACUUGCUAUUGGGAUCUCCAAGACGGCGGUUCAGUUGCUGGCCGACAAGGUAAAGUCUGCCAUCAAGGAAGAGGCAAAGCAGUGGCAGAUCUUGCAGCAAAAUCUGGUGUUUAUCACGGGCGAAUUCGAGAUGAUGCAAUCCUUCCUCAACUCCGCGGAUGGCGAGCGUGUCAAGAACCAUGUGGUGAGGACCUGGGUGCGGCAAGUCCGCGACCUGUCCAACGAUGUGGAGGACUGUAUUGAGUUCGUCCUCCACCUGGACACAAAGCGGUCGUGGUGGCUCCGAUUGCUGCCACCCUGCUCCUGCAGCAGCACGGAGGGAUCAGAGCUGCCCCUUGAUUUAGCAGUUACCCAAAUAGAACAGCUCAAGAUCCGCGUACAGGACGUGAGCCAGAGGAACCUGCGCUACAGGUUCGGUGACUCUUGCUCCGAUUCCCUCACGCAGCAACAGUUCGUUUCCGCCUCCGCCAUUGGCGCACCAGGAUUUGACGACAUACAUAUUGAAGCAAAGGACACCGCAGCAAGUUGUAGAGGAGCAGUUGACCUCACCAAGUUGGUCACCGAGGGAAGCAAUGAUCUUCGAGUGAUCUCGUUGUGGGGAACAGGAGAUGAUCUUGGGACAAUGUCCAUCAUCAGGAACAUGUAUGAUGAUCCAACAAUAUAUCGCAACUUCAGAUGCCGUGCCUGGGUGAAGGUGAUCCAUCCUGUCAAUCCCCCUGAGCUCAUCAGGAGCUUGGUGGUUCAGUUCUACGCAAACUCUUGCGAAGAACAAGGAUCGACUGUGAGCAUAGAUUCCCAGCCUUGGCUUUGUCGUCUAAACCUAAAGAAAAAGAGGGAUGCCCUGUCAUGGACGGAAACGUCCGCUGGAGACCUUGUCGAAGAGUUUGUGAGGCAGGUCAACACAAAUCGGUACCUCAUCAUACUGGAAGACCUAUCCACCGUGGUGCAGUGGGACGCCAUCAGGCCCUACCUGCGUGACAGGAAGAACGGCAGCUGUAUCGUCGUGUCAACGCGUCAUCAUGAAAUCGCAAGCCUAUGCACGGGGAAGCCAUACCUGCUUUCAGAGCUCCAGCGGUUCUCAGCAAAUCAGGCUAUCCGCGUCUUCUUCAACGCGGGCUUUAAAGAUGCUGAAGGAGGCGCCGGAGUGACAAUUGUCCAAGAACCGGGAUCUGCCGAGCUUUGGUUGAGCGACAAUCGCCUCGUUGGGCGCGAUUCGGAAGUCGAUAAACUUUCCAGUUUGAUAAUGAUAAAGGAUAGACCCUACACCGACAAACCUCAUGUGGUCUCCGUGUGGGGAAUUCCUGGUUCUGGGAGAACAGCAGUCGUUACCAAUGCCUGCUAUCGCUGCUAUGCUGAGCCGGGCUUUUACUGGUACAGGAUGAUCAUUAUGUCACAGCCCUACAAGUACAAUCUCAUGGGCUUUUGCCGGUGUUUACUAUCAGGUUUUUCACAAUCAUUCGAAGUCGACGAUCUGAUUGAACGAUGCCGGGAGCUUCUGCAUAAGUAUCGGUGCCUUGUUGUUAUUGACGAGAUGCAGUCCAAGGAAUUUUGGGACUUGAUAGAUGCUGAGAACUUGAUAUCUUCGAAAAGUAAAAGCUGCAUCGUUGUCAUCACUACAGAAGAAAGCAUCGCCAUACACUGCGCAGGUGCAGCCGGUCUAGUGUGCAGCAUCAGAUGUCUCCAACCUAUGGCAGCCUUCGAUCUCCUUCAACAGGAAUUUAGGACACAAGCAUCUCAAAAUGAUGGAAACUCGUCUGAACAACCAUUUCCGAGUAAAAGAAACUCAUUUGAAGAAUUCGCAUACAAUUAUUUGUUUGAACUGGACAGAGAGGAUGAAGCAUCAUUCAAUUAUUUUUUUGGACCGGACAGAGAGGAUGAACACACAUUUCAGAAUAAUGAAGAUCAUACAUUUCAGAAUAAUGGAAACGAAUUGGAAGAACAGGCGUUUCAGAAUCAAGAAAACACAAUUGAAGAACAGGCGUUUCAGAAUAAUGGAAACUCGUCUGGAAAACAGGCAUUUCAGAAUGGAAAUACCUUUGAAGGACAGGAAUUGCAGAGUAAUAAUGGAAGCAGCUCAUGCACUACUGGAAACACGGUCAAAGAACAGCCAUUUCAGAAUAAUGGAAACUCGGUCAGAGAUCAGGCAUUUCAUAAUGAUAGAGACUUGUUCGAAGAACAGACAUUGUGGAAUAAUGGAAACUUAUCACUUGAACAUGCAUUUUGGUCUUUGUUCGAAACCAAAAAACAAGAAGAACAUGCAUUUGAGAAUAAAGGAACCACGUCUGAAGAACAGGCAUUUCAGAAUAGUGAAAACUUGUUUGAAGGGCAGGCAUUUAAGAAUAGUGAAAACUUAGUUGAAGAAGAGACAUUUCAGAAUAGCGAAGACAUAUCUGAUGAACUACCAUUUGAAAAUAACAGGAACUUGUUACAGGAAGUUGAUCAAUCUGAGAAUAAUAAAAACAGGUGUGUCAGUCUGUCUCCGGAUGACCCAAAUGUAAAAGCCAUCUUGUCCAGGAGUGGAGGAUUUCCCCAAGUAAUAGUUGCUUUAGGCAGAUACUUGGCGAAGCAAAAUCUUUCUAAUGCAGCGACAAGGGAAUGGCAGUGUCAGCAUCUGAUAGGCAACUUUAUGCAAGAGUUACAGACCAAUCCAGAUUUCUACUGCCUACGGAGCCUACUCGCCUGGAUCCAUUUCUACUUUAGGUCUUCUCCAUCACUCAUGCGAUGCAUGUUGUAUCUUUUAGUUUUUCCUCGAGAGCAAACCUUUCGGCGGGGGCGCUUGGUGAGGCGAUGGAUCGCGGAGGGCUACGCCAAGGGCACUGAAAGCGAUAGCUUGGACGAGUUCGCGGGUGAAUUAUUCGACAAGCUUACCUCCCAGAGUGUGAUGCAGCAGGUAACACCUACAAAUAUGGGGACAAGGUACGAGGUCAAUGGUUUCUUCCAUGAGUACAUGAUCUCGCGUCCAGUGGAAGAGAAAAUCCUCUUCCCAUUGGAAGUCUCAGUACUGCAGGAGGGGUAUCGCAGACUAACUACCCAAGGCGUAGGACAACACCUAUCAAUUUGGAGCUCGUGGGUGGGGAAUAGAGUUGUGUUCGACAACCUGGACUUGUCGCGGCUACGGUCCUUGACGGUGUUUGGCUGGUGGGAAGCAUUCCUCGUGUCCGACAAGAUGAAAGUGCUUCGGGUGCUGGAUCUGGAAGAUGCAGGCGACGGCGUAACUAAUGAUGAUGUUGAGAAAAUUGGGAAGGUGCUACUUCGCCUCAAGUUUCUCUCCCUAAGAGGAUGCAAAAACAUCACUCGUGUGCCAGAUUCCUUGGGUGGCCUGAGGCAGCUCCAGACUCUGGAUAUCAGGCAGACCUUGGUUGCCACGCUUCCAGUAAGCAUCACCAAGCUCGAGAAACUGCAGUAUCUUGGUGCCGGUACCACGUCUGUACCACUGGGUGAUCACACCAGCAAUCCGUCACCAGAAGCAACAUCAGCAACAGCUGAUCCAUCAUUAUCCACGAGCGGGCCAUGUGCUCCUACCCUGAAGUCCCUAUUCCAUGUGCCGAAAUCGUGGAUCCUCCGUUACCAGCAGCUUCCUGACUCUCGUAAUGGUGGAGUUGUGGUGCCUGGAAGGAUUGGGCAAAUGACGGCCUUACAUACUCUAGGUGUGAUCGACGUCAGCGUUGCAAGCGGGCGGGCGACUCUGAAAGAGCUCAAGAACCUUACCCGAUUGCGCAAGCUUGGAGUGUCUGGCGUGAACAGCGAGAACUGUCAGGAGCUGUGUUCUGCAAUCUCUUGUCACGCCUAUUUGGAAUCCUUUUCAGUGUGGUUUGACAAGGGCGUGAAUCGAGCUGGCUGUUUGGAUACCAUCUCCCAACAUCCUGUGAAAUUACAGAGCCUGAAGCUGUACGGGCUUGUAGAUUCCAAUUUGCCAACAUGGAUCAAUCUGCUGACGAAUCUUGGCAAACUGAAUUUACAGAUGACCACGAUACCGCAAGAUGAGGUUGAGGCGCUUGGGAAUCUGCCAAAGCUAAGAACUCUAUGCCUUCAUUUCAAGGAAUUUCAAUGUGGUAAGCUUGACUUCUGCACAGGUUUCCCUGCACUCCAGCUCCUCCAGGUUGCGUGCAAUUCCAGGUCACAGGCCGUUACCUUCCACGCCGGGGCAAUGCACGAACUUGAGGUCAUGAAUCUCCCCUGCCAUAACGUGCCAUCGUCCUUGCGGUUUUAUGGCCUAGAGAAACUGCGCAAGCUCAAGGAAAUCUCGCUUAGCGGAUCCUACGAUGAGGCAAUGAAGCAACAGUUGCGGAGCCAACUUGCUGCGCAUCCAAGGGAAAUGAAGCCAUUUUUGAAGGUGGAACCUCGAUCUUCCUGAUGGGUGCUGAGCCCAAGCAAGCCUCCACCAUCCCAGGCGUUCAUUUCCUUUCUCUCAACUACUCUGUUUAGUCGUGCCAAUCAAAUAGGUCUAGCUGCAUCCGUAGUUCAGUACCCAACAGGAAAACAUGUCCUUUGAAUUUUAUCCCAAAAUAUACUUGCAUCACCAGGAGACGAAUCUUUUGUACCUUCGUCUGGUCCAGUUGAUAGAUUAAUUUCAGCAUCCAUUAUGUGCUUUGCUGCUAAUAACGAUUAGCUCAUCUAUCGGGAUCUGAGAAGCAGAAAUGGCGCUGAUUAUUGAACAUGGCUUUGGUAUUUCUCUUGCUGUAUCAUAUUUAAGGAUCCGCCUUUUGAAUGUUCCUUCCAGUAAUAAGAAGCAGGAUCCUCCAAUUUA